AUGGCGGAAGGCCUCGACAGUGUUGCGGUACCCAGCAUCGUGGCUCUCCCACCAACGACAACGCGACAGAUCGGUUCCGGACAGGUCCUUGUUGAUCCCAGUUCCGUCGUCAAAGAGCUCAUAGACAACGCUCUAGAUGCGCGAGCGAAGAGCAUAUUUGUUGAUAUCACUGCUAACACGGUCGACUCUAUCCAAGUCAAAGAUGAUGGCCAUGGUAUACCAGCUGAAGAUCGCCCUCUUGUAUGUCGCCGCUACUGCACGAGCAAGAUUAGAGACUUUCACGACCUGAGAGAAGUCGGAGGGAAAUGGCUGGGCUUUCGCGGUGAGGCAUUAUCAAGCAUGGCCGACAUGAGUGGCUCGCUCUCUGUCACUACUCGAGUAGAAGGAGAGCCAGUCGCUUUCAAGCUGAAGUAUGAUCGGAACGGCGAGCUGGCUUCCACUGAACACGACUCCCAUCCAGUUGGCACGACGGUCAAGGUUACCAAGUUCUUUGACUUCAUACCCGUCCGAAAGGAGACGGCGAUCAAGAAUUCGGCGAAAACGCUUGCGAAGAUCCGGCGGCUGAUGCAAGCCUAUGCACUGGCCAGGCCUACUAUACGCUUCCGGCUCCGCGUACUGAAAGCGAAGAACAGCAAUGGUGACUUUGUCUAUGCACCGAAAGCCGACGCCAACAUUGAAGAUGCAGUCCUGAAAGUCAUCGGUAAAGAUUGCGCUCUGCAGUGCGACUGGACUGCUCUAGAGGCCGACGGCUUCGAGAUUCAUGCUUUCCUGCCCAAGCCAGGUGCAAGCGGACCGAAGAUAGCCCAUCGAGGGGCCUUCGUCUCGAUCGAUGCAAGGCCUGUGUCGAACAGUCGUGGUACUAUCAAGCGGAUCAUCACAACUUAUAAGGAACGACUCCGCAAAUCAGCGCCUGCGCUGGCUGGCGUCAAGGAUCCGUUCUUCUACAUGAACAUCAUUUGUCCACCUGACAGUUACGACCCCAACAUCGAGCCAGCCAAAGACGACGUCAUGUUCGAUAACAGCGAAGUGGUUGUUGCCGUUGUGGAUAAGCUGCUCAAAGCUUACUAUCCUGAGGCCAUUCAGGAUAUUCCAGAUAUUCAGGAUGCUGAGAUGCCGACGUCUGCGCAACAGCAGUAUGAGCCCCAAUUUGAGGAGCUACCGAGUCGCGUCGAAAGCUCCAUCACGAUACAUGACGAUGAGCCUGCAAACCGGAAUGAGCAACCCACGACUGAUCCGGCUCAGGCGCUGCCACGCUGGAGGUCAAGCAUGUAUGGUAUUGAUGAGGAAGACCUAGAGUUUCUGCAAGAAAACCCAGCACCUGUGGUCGAAACGGAAGAGGAGAAGGGUCUACGCGCAGUGGAGGUGUCCAAUCCAUGGACCAUUGCUCGAAUGAACACUAUGAUCAAACCCAAACAAGCUGUGAGCAACGAACAGCUGCCGAGCCCGGCCAAAAGCCAAAGAAGUAGCGACCCGCAUCGCCCCUCUCCCAGUCCUGCCGUUACUCCACGUCGUCCAUUGUCAGCGGUGCCCUUAACACCUCAGACGUUGUCAAAGACGAACAUGAGAUCUCCUCUGGAUGCCGAACUGGAGCGUAGUAUCCAGCAUAUGUCGCGCCUCAGUUCAGAAGCUGGUGCUCUCGACGACCGGAUACAAGAGCGGGACACGGACGAUCGAGGUCGUCACGAGCGUAUCGGGCCACUGCCACAGAACGCCUCAUCGAGCCAUUUCGCACGAUCUGACAUCAACUCCAUCAAGUCAGGACUCGCGGACUACAACCAGAUCGGAAAGGGCUCACAGCGGUUGACCUCUCCAGUAACCCCAGCUCCUCGUAACCGACGCACUCAACCAGGCUACGUAAAUACACCAUUUGCACCAUCAAAGCAAAGGUCGAAUGCUAUGGGGCUUGGAGAGUAUCUACUUGGUACACAAGCCCUCGAACCAGCUCGUCGACAGAAGCAGGCCAAGAAGACUGGAGGAGCACCAUUCCCAAACAACGCCUCAUCUUCUCCAAGCAGACCCGCGUUGGAUCCAGCAGACCGGCUAGUCGCUAGACAACUCCAUUCAAACAACAACACAGAUAUUCGUAACUUCUUUGGACGCGGCAGAGAUAAGGGCAUAUCUGAAUCGCUGGUUGAUGGUUUUCCGCGAGCUUCCUCAGCGGAACCGCAGUCUCGCUCAAAGCGCAUCAGAAAAUCUUCACUGGUCAACGAUGACGGUCAGAUGAAUAUCGAUCCGCGACGAGUGGCUGAUCAGUUUCGAGCUUUUGCUGAACAUGAAGAUCAUACCUUCGGCCCUCAGAUGUCUAACCGAAUCUCAAAGCCUCCAGCGACGCACCGUCCCGACCAAAGCGCCAAAGAGAUAGAAGCAUAUUUCAAAACGCAAGAACAGCAACACUCCAGCUCCCUGUCCCGCCCCCAAAAAGCACCUCAAAGGCAGGAGCCUCGCAUCGCGCCGCCCCACGAAACAGCGAAGACACGUCGACCCAGACGCCGCACAACAGACGCUCUCGAGCGCACCAAGUCCUCCAAACUCCCACUGGAGCGCACACCCGAUGGUUUCCAGAUCCAAGACCUGGUAUUCCAUCUUCCAGCCAGCAUCGACACCAUCGUACAAAGCUCGCGUAAACUCGACAUGCAGCGCAACAGCCCAGAAUGGGGUUACGCGUCGGAAAGCGCAUAUGACGUGUUCGGCGAGCCGGUGCGUGAAAAGAAGAUCAUGGAGUGGGUGAUUACGUUGGAUGCGCUGUUGUGUAAGCGGUAUGAGAGGAUCGAUGGCCCAGAUGCGCGGUGUGAGAUCCAUGAGGGGAUUCAGCGGGCGCUUGAUGCGCGGAAAGAGGCGGAUGAUCUUACGCAGAGGGAGGAGAGUAUAAGUCAAGACGUACAGCGCGCUGCAGGCGGGAGAUUCGAACAUGAUGUCUCGAUGGAUUUCGGUGGUGCUUCUGGCGUCGUGGUUCAGCAGCCUGUCGUCGAGGAAGAGAAGAAGGUGCAUGAUGACGGCGAGUUCGAUUUCGAUAUGGAGGAAUUUGUUGAUCUGACGGGAGGGGAUGAGAGGCAGAGUAUGGGGACAGCAGGAGAGGCAGAUGUGAGUGGAAUCAAGGGUGAGUUUGACGAUGAUAUCGAGGAUGAGAUGUUGAUGGAUCUAUAG